AUGGCUUCCAAGAGAUGCGGUGCAGCCGUGGGUACGGCAGUUGGCCUGGCAGGUGUGGCUGCCGGGAGUGCCUUCCUUGCUGGCACAGGAGGCCAGGUCAAGACCCCGGCGCUUAGAGCCACGGCCACGGCGCAGCAGGCCUCGAGUUCCCCGUCCUCUGCCACGCACUUCGCGGCGGCCUCCAUCGUCGCCUCGGCCGGCGCUUUCUAUGCCAGCAGCGGGCGCAAGGUGGCCAAGGGGAAUUUCUCCGUGACGGCCCUCAAGGCCUUCGAGUCUGAGCUUGGUGUCCAGGCGCCAGCAACUUCGCUGCAUCGUGAUGACGAUACGGAGUCCGCCCGCUCGAGAUCGAAUCUGGGCGCAGAGCUUCCGGUUGUCACCGCCCGGGAGGGUCGGGUAGCUCUCACUGAGCAGACGCUACGUUCGCAUGUUGGGUCCCUUGGACCUCAACCAGCAUACGUGCCAUCACGAGCGUCGCUGACACAUCAGCCCUCACCCACAGUCGUAGGCUAUUCUCCGGUGCCUCCAUCGCACACCUCCGUUCCAACUGUUGUGAAUCAGUUGUAUCAGCAUCAGCAAAACGUUCUGAUCAGUGCGGAUCCUGCAUUGAUUAUGGAUACAGCAAAUGCAAGACACGCUGAAGCCGUUCGCAACAUCCAAAGCGAAAACAGGGAGCAAAUUCUCGCUUUGGAAACAGGUGCCAUGAGUCAAGUCGCUCAGCUGAAGCUUGAGCAUGCACAGUUGCAGUCAAAAGCCAGAGCCUUUGAAGAACAGGCUAAUCAAAACAUCCAUGCUGGUCGGCAGGCCGUAGCCCAGUACCAAAUUGAGGCUGAAACAGCCGCUGCUGAAGCUGAGCAGCUAAGGCAGCGCCUCCUAUCCGCUGAACAGACAGCUGCGAAUGUUGUCGCCCAGGUGGAAACCGAGGCUAAUCGUAGGUUGCAGGCUAAUCAAGCCGACGUGUCAGCUCGUGACAACGAGCUCUCUCGCCUCAAAGGUGAGAUGCAAGAGAUGAUGAGGAUUCAAGCCCUCAACAUGGAGAUGCUGCAAAAGGACAAUGCCGAGCUAAGAACACGCUUGGCGGAAGCCAAAGCUGACCCAUUGGGCAAUGAACCGGAACAGGUCAUCUAUGACAUGUCGUCCUUUCUGCAACAAGCCAUAGACAAGUACAAGCAACUUGCUGGUCCUGAGUACCACAAUCUCAAGAAGUUUGGAAAGAUCACUUUCACCGGCCUUCAAGAGCUUGACGAUGGUAAGUGGUUUGCAUACCAAUCAGAUGUGGCUUGGGAAGAAAGGGACAUGCUUGAUGAGAAGGCAAUCAUCCAGUUAGCCAGGGAUUACCACAAGGCUGGCGCCUCUGUACUUCUUUGGUUCCAUCAACGGAAUCCGGGGGGUACAAACAAGGAUCAGGACGAGCUCAAUAGCAUCAUGUUCUCCAAGACUUGGGCUUCGUUUGUUGACAUCGCCGAUGCUCUUAAGAAGUACAAAGCGAGGUUCAUCAUUACGUGGCCCAGGGACAGCGUGUUCUGGGGAUGGCAGCGUGUCAAGAGGGUACUUGAUGGCUAUGGUUUUAGCAAAACUCACCUCAAGCCGAUGGUUGAAGCUGCUGACUUUAAGCCUGAAGUCAUUGCCCACUACACGCUAGCCUCCAACACGAAGAGUCUUGUUGAAUUCUUGAGACGAGGAUUGAAGGAUAGUGCCAAGAAAUCAGAGUCCCAACACUACUUCAAAGGCACCCUUACUACGAUUCUCAGUCGUGUUUUUGAUGAUCAUGAACCUAAGAAAUCAGAGAGAAAUCAGACUCACGUUGUAGCUGUUGCGCUCAAGAUUCAAGCAUCCCCAACGUCCUCUCUUUCGCUCCUUCCCAUUGCGAACAUGUCCUCUGCCCAGAGCACUCGUGACGCUCUUGCACAGGGAAUCGCAGCCCGGGAGGGUAUGCCGACUGCUGAGGGGUUGCAGUAUGCAACGGCAGAUCGUGAGGAACGCAUUCAGGCGUAUCGUGCCGCACUCAAGAGUGCCGAUCGCCUGGCUGACGCCAUGGCCGGAGUCACCCACCUUGCUCGGCACACCGACCUUGCUGAGGUGUUUGAUGAACCCGGGGCUGACGCCGACGGUGAUGAGAUGUUCCUUGGGAUUAUGACGGUAAAGGAAUGGCGCGACAUGCGUGUGCAUGCGCCUAAUGCACCCUGGACCGCAUUGUACGAGGCCUGGUUCCGUCACUAUGCUUGCCGCCAGGGCAAUCUGUACAUGCAGGACCAACGCAACACCUCCCUGACGGGAUGGUCAGCCCUCAUCCUUCAGCACAUUAAGGAUUUGGGUAUCCUCGGGUGGGGUGUUAACUUCGAGAAUGCCAUCAAUAAGACGGCAAUGUAUGACAUUUGCCAUAGGGUCCACAUUCUGUCAGAGGGUAGCGGUACCUUCCCACUGUUUCCUGCGAGCUCAGCUCUCUUGGACGGGCUCUACAGCCCAGCCUUGGGCAGGAUUUCCGCGCCCCCCACGGCGGAAGCCGGUGGUUUCGACGGCACCGACAUUCUUGUGGCCGGGGACUCAUCCUUGGCAUUGUGCUGGAUGCAAGGAAAACGGUGUGUGAAGAAAACCACUAUCUUCCCGAUGAUGCAGGACAUAGUCCGCGCGAACCCAGAGUUCGGGGAAGUCACAUGCCUGAUGGAGUGGGGCAAAGGUCUCGACAAGAUCGUCGACGUGAUCGAGACCCACCUUGCCGAGAAGACGCUCACGGUGCCGCCUGCAAGUCAGCGCAUCCUCGAGCCGUUGGACCGUGCACCUGAGCUCCCGGCGGAAGCCAGGGAAGAGGAUGAGCAGAUCGUUCUCGACCACCCUCUUCUGAUGAUGAUGCCUGAGCCGGUGGAUGAUCUUGAGCUCAAGCCGGAAGGCUCUGAAGAGGUGACACAGGUUGAACAUGUACUGUUUAGCCGUGAUGUUGGGUCAGAGCUGCCUCUCGACCUUGUCGCCGUCGACCCUGAGGCGCAAGAGGACUUUGCCUUUAUGGUUGCACGAGAUGUCAUCAAUACCACCAAUGUGCUUAUCCCAGAUGACGAUGCCAUCGAGAGGGAAGUCAAUGACGGCAUCCCCACGGUGUGGGACGAACCCCCAGAGGUUCCGGCAUCGGAAGAUGACCGCAGUCUUCCCAAAGGCACAGUCGGGUACUCGCAGGCACUUCGCCGAAUCGGGUCGACGCCCAAGUCGAAGCCCGAUCCUGCCAAGCACAGGAGAAUCUCGGAGCCAGCCGAGACUGACGAUGAAGAGGAUGUCGUGAUGGACCUGGAUCCUGACGACACCGCUCAGCCGUCGGAAGACGCUGCUGGUGAUUUCGAGCCAUUCUUCGAAUGGUGGGGCUAUGAGGACAUCCCCGAUUUUGCCCCAAGCCAUCGCUACAUGACGGAUGGCAAGCGGCGAGCAUUGAGCAGUGCCAUGAGCUUUUUCCUUCGUGGCUUCGCGAAUAGUGCAGAGUCACAGGCACAACGGCGGCCACCGCCCAUGAUGACCUUCGACCCCGCCACGCGGGAGGUCGAAUGGGAUCACUUCAAAGAGCAAUUGGGCAAACAGUGGCGCGGUCUCCGGUCGGAAGACGUCAUGGAAGUCGUGAAGUAUGGUAACCGCGACAAAGAUGACAGUGGACGCUUUGAGUUGCGCGUCCUCCACUUCGUCGACCACACUGAGAUCCAUGGAAUCCGUGCAUUCCAGGGGCACUGCCGCGAUCUCAUCUCUGACGAGACUGAUCUUGUGGAUAUGCACAGUGACAGCUAUGCUUUGUGUGACGGCUACCGGCCCACCAUGCACACGCGUCCUCCUGUAGGAGUCACUGGCCACAUCCACAACGACUGGGUCAGAAUGCAUCCGAUCGGGUACCAUGCAACGUAUUGGAGCAAUUUUUCCAAUAUUGUUAGCACCGGUCUCAUCCCAGGCGGUGUCACCCUCGGCGGAAGCACGGGGAGAGCCUUCACCAUGAUGGCUUGCCUCCCUCAGUGGGAAAGGCCGAACAACGCCGGCCUGCGACCUGGCGCUGAGGUUGAAUUCGCUAUCGACCUCCAACUCGCGUGCCUGGAAGGGUGUCGCAUUCUCCUGACAAAGAACAAUGUUCUGCAGACCCCAGAUUGGUUGUCCAAUCGCUACCUUAUGUUUGCUUACGAUCGCAGAACCGGGAAACCUGUAUGGUUUAACCGCUCGUACGAGCUCACGCGAGCUCGGGUGUCCAAAGCCCGCGAUGCAUAUGUCAAGCGUCAGGAGAUCCUGCCGGUCUUCAACCAAGACCUCAUCGAACGCGCAGCGGAAGCUGACGCUAAUUGCAUCAUGGAUUACGUUGAUCUCUGUUACCCGAUCCACAAUGAAAAUUUGGACUGGGUUGAGUUCUUGGGUAUGUUCAUGGACAUGGAGAAGCCCUCGCACUUGCGUGAGGUUGAGCAGUUUCAUGUCGAUGGUCGUACCAUCUGCUUUGAGCAGGGUAGUCCGCUGGAGGGAACUCCGUGCGAAUGGACCUUGGAUGCCCAGGUCUACUUUUCGCCAAUCGGGCUGACCACCGAGCGCCCGUCGCGUGUGGAGCGCAAGCACUACUCAGUGUGCCUCAACGUCAGCUUCCCAAAGCUGCGUUGCCCUGAUGAUAGGUGCAGGUCUCAGAUGCUUGACGGCUAUCUUCAUUGCCCCCGCUGCCAGCGGAAGUUGUUCAACCCGAGCGACAUCUCCCACAUUGCGGAGCUGGCUGAUCUGCGGGCGGAAGCCGUGCAAGGUGGAGCUAAUCACAGCCUCCACUAUUUGGCACCGAAGGCCGCCAUCAACACGCGCCCACACGAGCACACACGUCAGGGUGCCGAUGUGAAGAAGAGCAUCGCCGCGACACUUAAGGAAAAGUGCAAGAAAAUGGUGGCGAAAGCGGCAGAGGGAGCGCAUGGCUCCUUGCGCCAGAACUUGAAGUACGAACCCUUCAGCGCAUUCAAUGUGUUUUCCAAGGGGAUGACGGUGACUUCACUCGACGAGAUCGAGAUGUUCUCGCGCUUGCGACUUCCCGCCCCAGGAAUGGGGACGGAGGCAAAGAGAGGCUUUGCAGGAUCUCACACAUCCGAUGCACGCACUGCCCUCAUUUUCCCUCCUGUCGAUGAUGUGAUUCGCGGGGAGUACAACUAUCAGAGGAACAUUUUUCUUGAGCUGGCCAGCCACUGCUACUUUUGUUUCCAGGAUCGUUUUUACCUGGUCCCCGAGAUUGCAGUGUUGAUCCGAGCCACUCAGAUUGCCUCUGAGGUACGCCGUGUGCGUCCUUUCACCAUCCUCCGCCAUGACGGCGUCGAGUACCAGACCGUGACCGGUACUGUUCCUGAGAUCAUGGCCGACCUAGUCGGUAUGCUCCGCAACAACGCACAGUAUGCUCUCACCCAGAAAGAGCGCAAUCAGCAAAGGGUGACUGUGCAGGUUGGAAUCGGACAGACUCCGUUGCAAAUCCCAGCAUCCCUGGGGACAAUGGGCAGGUCACAGAUGCUCGAGCUUCUUGGAGGUACGCGGUUCAGUGUUGAGCGUACCCGCGGCUGGAUCAAUCGCGAGGUGGAAGACCGAAUGGUCCGACAUGGUGCCACUCCCAUUGGCGCCAUGCGUGUGCCGCCUCCACCGCCGUCACCAUCCGGAAGGACUGGUCCUGACUCGUCGCUGCCCGCAGCAACACCCAGUGUUCGGCCCCCACCGGCUCCUCCGAGCCGAGGUCGCUCACCUGGCGGUGCAGCUUCGUCAUCUACGGAUCGUCCAGCAAGCACUUCUGUUCCAAAAGCUGCAAAGACGAAGGCAAGGCCGGCAUCUGCCCGAAGCAUUACGCCGCCUCCUCCUAAGCCCAGUGCUAACAGGCCAGUGCAGCCGCCGCACCCACCAGCUGCAAAAGCUGUUCCGAAGGCUGACGCCGUUCGUGCGCCUGAGGAAUACAUCACUGCUGAUGAGUGGGACAGCUAUUUUGCCGGUCGUGGCGAGGUUAGAGGUUUUGCUGUAGGUGAUGCACCUGCACCAAUUGCCGCCCCUGCGGGGUCAUCCACUGAUGAACCAUCUGCCUCAGCCGCCGGAGGGCGUGCUCGCACUCGCUCACCGCGCCGCCAUGACUAUGGUGGUGGCCGAGACUUUCAAGAGGCUGCGAACGACAGGUUGCGUCACCUGCGCCUAUGUGAUGAGGCGAUUGAGCAGCAACUCGAGAACCUGACGGUCACUCUCCCAGGCUUCCCAGCUGAUCGCCUAAGGGAAUGGAUUGAUCAAGACGGGAACGGAUUCGAUCCAUCCCGACCAAUGCCUCGCAAUUGCACUCGCACAGAUGCAUGGUAUUGGGGAGUCCUCCGUGCCCGUUACCUUGAGGAGCUAUCGCCCACUGAUGUGCCUUUUGUCAUUCCCGCUUACACCGACCGGGAGGUUCUGGUUCAACAUCCUGUUGAGCAAAUUGCCUGGUUCCUGCGCGGAUGGGAGGAGUAUCGCCAGGUGCUCCGCGUCUUGAGGGCACCGUGUCAGGAGAUGCACGAGUCGCACGCAACAGUCGGCUUCUGGGACCCCCUCGGCCUGUCGAGCGAUGGCGAUGCCGAGGUGUUCGCCAGGCGGCGCGAAGUGGAGCUGAAGCACGGAAGGAUCUCCAUGUUUGCCACAAUUGGCUACAUUGUCCCGGAGUACUUCCGCUGGCCCGGUGAGCUCUCCCCGAAGUUGGGCUUGAAGUUCACCGACAUCCCCAACGGCCUGGCGGCCCUCACCAAGGUGCCCGGUCAGGGCUGGGGGCAGAUUGUGGCAUUCCUGGGCACCUACGAGCUCUUCAUUAACAAGCCAGUGGGCGGGGAGCCGGGAAACUACGGCAAGGGCAACUUGGGCCUCGGCUUCCUGGGACCCGUGGCCGAUCCCGAGGCACGCAAGCGCAAGCUUUCUGCCGAGCUGGCCAAUGGCAGGCUUGCGAUGAUGGCUAUCAUCGGCAUGCUGUUCCAGGACGGUCUCACAGGGUCCGCGUGGGGUGACUGGGCGCUGUAUACCGACUCGCCUCUCCGAAGUGGCUUGAUGAGCCCUGGCUACAACACCCUCCCCGAGUGGGAGAAGCCGAACACGGGCUUCGAAGGCCUCACCGGCGACCAGGCGCCCCUGGGCUUCUGGGACCCCCUCGGAUUUUCGAAGGACCUGGACGUCGAAGUGUUCAAGAGGCGCCGAGAGACGGAGAUCAAGCACGGACGUGUGUGUAUGUUCGCAACCAUCGGAUACAUCGUCCCAGAGUACUACAAGUUUGAUGGGUUCCUGUCCCCAUCCAACAACCUGAAGUUCUCCGAUGUGCCCAACGGCUUGAAGGCUCUCAACGUCGUGCCGAAGGAGGGUUGGGCCCAGAUCCUGGCAUUCGCGGGCUUCUUGGAGCUCGUUGUCAACAAGAAGACCUCCGAGCCAGGCAAUUUUGGCAAAGGCAACCUGGGACUCGGUCUCAUCGGAUUCGGCAACUCCGUCCAGGACCCUGCCCUCAGGGCGAAGAAGCUCAAUGCGGAGCUUGCCAACGGCCGCCUUGCGAUGAUGGCCAUCAUCGGCAUGUUCUUCCAGGACGGUCUCACAGGGUCCGCGUGGGGUGACUGGGCGCUGUAUACCGACUCGCCUCUCCGAAGUGGCUUGAUGAGCCCUGGCUACAACACUCUCCCCGAGUGGGAGAAGCCGAACACGGGCUUCGAAGGCCUCACCGGCGACCAGGCGCCCCUGGGCUUCUGGGACCCCCUCGGAUUUUCGAAGGACCUGGACGUCGAAGUGUUCAAGAGGCGCCGAGAGACGGAGAUCAAGCACGGACGUGUGUGUAUGUUCGCAACCAUCGGAUACAUCGUCCCAGAGUACUACAAGUUUGAUGGGUUCCUGUCCCCAUCCAACAACCUGAAGUUCUCCGAUGUGCCCAACGGCUUGAAGGCUCUCAACGUCGUGCCGAAGGAGGGUUGGGCCCAGAUCCUGGCAUUCGCGGGCUUCUUGGAGCUCGUUGUCAACAAGAAGACCUCCGAGCCAGGCAAUUUUGGCAAGGGCAACCUGGGACUCGGUCUCAUCGGAUUCGGCAACUCCGUCCAGGACCCUGCCCUCAGGGCGAAGAAGCUCAAUGCGGAGCUUGCCAACGGCCGCCUUGCGAUGAUGGCCAUCAUCGGCAUGUUCUUCCAGGACGGUCUCACAGGGUCCGCGUGGGGUGACUGGGCGCUGUAUACCGACUCGCCUCUCCGAAGUGGCUUGAUGAGCCCUGGCUACAACACUCUCCCCGAGUGGGAGAAGCCGAACACGGGCUUCGAAGGCCUCACCGGCGACCAGGCGCCCCUGGGCUUCUGGGACCCCCUCGGAUUUUCGAAGGACCUGGACGUCGAAGUGUUCAAGAGGCGCCGAGAGACGGAGAUCAAGCACGGACGUGUGUGUAUGUUCGCAACCAUCGGAUACAUCGUCCCAGAGUACUACAAGUUUGAUGGGUUCCUGUCCCCAUCCAACAACCUGAAGUUCUCCGAUGUGCCCAACGGCUUGAAGGCUCUCAACGUCGUGCCGAAGGAGGGUUGGGCCCAGAUCCUGGCAUUCGCUGGCUUCUUGGAGCUCGUUGUCAACAAGAAGACCUCCGAGCCAGGCAAUUUUGGCAAGGGCAACCUGGGACUCGGUCUCAUCGGAUUCGGCAACUCCGUCCAGGACCCUGCCCUCAGGGCGAAGAAGCUCAAUGCGGAGCUUGCCAACGGCCGCCUUGCGAUGAUGGCCAUCAUCGGCAUGUUCUUCCAGGACGGUCUUACAGGCUCAGCCUGGGGAGACUGGGCGCUGUAUACCGACUCGCCCCUUCGAGCCUUCGAGGGGGAGCUUGGCGUGCAAGCCCCUGUCGGAUUUUGGGACCCAUUGGGGCUUUCCGCCGAUGGCGACAUGGACACCUUCAAGCGAAGAAGGGCUGUGGAGCUGAAACAUGGCAGGAUCUGCAUGUUGGCCUGCGUUGGUUACAUCAUCCCCGAGUAUUUCAGGUGGCCCGGCUACCUCUCUCCGGAGAAGGGCCUCAAGUUCGCCGACAUGCCUCACGGGAUUGCGGCCAUCUCUAAGGUGCCCCUGGAGGGUUGGCUGCAGAUCGUCCUCUUCAUCGGUCACUACGAGGGAUACUUCUGGCGCCAGGACUCCAAGCGUGCCCCGGGUGACUACGAGGGCUACGGCUUCCUGGGCGUGGGCAAGAACUUCAUCAUCAAUGUCGACCCCAUCGAGUUCCAGGAUGCCGAUGUGAAGAAAACCAAGCUUGCUGCCGAGCUCGCCAACGGACGACUGGCCAUGGUCGCUCUAAUGGCGAUGCUCUUCCAAAACGGAACCGUGGGCACCACCGGCCCGGCUAUGUGGCUUCCUGCCGCCUGA